AUGUCCCCCUCGAACCUCCGCGUGUUUGUACAAUGGAAGAAUGCCACCGUGUUCGCGGGCGAAGACGUAGAAUGCACCAUCACCUUCAAGAAUGUCGCCGUGCCAGAAGGACGCGACCGCUCGCCGGUGCGCAAGCAGAACGGCUUUGCGCCUGGCGGGGAGCGGCAACGGAAGCUCCCAUUGCCGCCAGUCUACUCCUCGACGACGAGGCCGACCGUCUCCCGGAACUCGUCGUACACAACCGCCCACAAGCCGCCGUCCAACGUACGCGGACAUGGCCCCGCACUCUCGCUGCACACGCCCUCGACGCCCGGAGAGCGCAAGUCACCGGUGCUGCCGAGCGGAGCCUUUGGCAAUAACACGGGCGGGCAGAGGCAUGGCAGGUCACUGUCCAUCAUGUCCAUGGGGACCGAAGGCGCGACCGAGACCAGCCGCGACAGGACUUCAGUACCCGCUCGCCCAGCACGAGGGUAUGUCCAGUCCAAUUGGCACGCUUCCAAGGCUGACAGCGCCACAGUGAACUCACCCGGCCAUCGAUCAGCCACACAUCCCUCUCCUCUUGCUGGCGGGCUCUCCUCUCCACCAGCAGGCCACGACAAUUCGAGCGAACUCGCCUUCCCAUCCCGAUCGGGGAGACGGCGGCCGGGCAUCACAACUACACCAAGCACACCGCAAAUGCCAAUCACAACGCGCAAGCCAUCCAACUCCUUCUCCAAAAGCUUCAAGUUUCCCGCAGCGCCUCCCAAUGAGGACGAGACCUCUCCCGAGCGACAGAGUGUGACCAACGGUCCACCAACACCUGCCCUCCACAACCGACGACCGUCCCCGCGACUGCACAAUGACCACCGAAAGGCGCCGACAAACUCCAUGGUCGACUCGCUGUCACCCAUCGCACGCGUCAUAUCAGGCUCCAGCAUGGAUGGCACACCACGCAGCAGCGGAGAGUUCUACUCCAUGAGCAACAACUCCACCGAGACACUCGCUUCCGAGUAUAUCGGCCAGGCUUCUUCACACGCACGUCUCCUACCAAGACCAAUGCAUCAACGGCAAGGCUCGCAUUUGGCGCCGCCCGUAAGGCAGAGUCGUCCCGAGUCAAUCAUGAUGGGCUAUGCGCAGAUCAUGGGUUCCUUCACCCUGGAUGGAUCUCUGAUCAACCAGGCGCCGUUCGAGGAAGUGAAGAGAAAGGGUGUCGUCGGAGGCCAAGGAGGCGGAGGCGUGGUUGGCGUGGAAAGAAAGAAGCGCGAAAGUGGCUUAUUCGGCGCAUUGGGCUGGGGAAACCUUGGAGAGUCGUUGGGCGGUUUGAUCGGCUCAUCCGAACCGUCCAGCAUGCGCGACAUGAACCGAAUCGCCAGCAUGAAGACAGUGCCUCUAAUAUCCACACCGCAGUCUAUUUUGUUUGUCGACCUGAAACUGGCACCUGGGGAAAGUCGGAGCUAUACAUACAGCUUUACUGUCCCACGCGGCCUGCCUCCCUCGCACAAGGGAAAGUCGAUGAAAGUGUCGUAUCACCUGACAAUCGGCACCCAACGCACUGGUUCGACUCAGGAUCAGCAAGUCAAACAGGUCGAGGUGCCUUUCCGGGUUUUCGGCAGCGUGAACAGUGCGUAUUUCUUCUCAAAACAAGAUAUUUUGCUAAUGAACACAGGUCGUGGCGACAUUCUCGGACAUGAUCUCAUGUCUCCGUACAUCAUACUGCGUGACCAAGCGCGGACAACGACUUUGGACGCGGCCGCAGGUGACAAGUCUCCCAGCUUAAUUAAAAAAGGCGCUGCAUCUGGAAAGUCAGACACCAAUACUUUUAACGACUUCCUGGAGUAUGUCGACAACCUUCUCGAACGACCGCGGCAAAAUUCGAGCAUGGGCUUGUUGUCACCAACUGGAACCAUGCCUGGUAGGUCUUCAAUAGCGGAAGAGCCGCAAACCAUGAAGGAUUCCAUCGAUACAGCCAUAUUACGGAGCAACUUGACAGGCGCAGCGAAUCAAAGCGCAAAUCGCUUUGAGAUUGCACGUAGCGGCCGACGAGUCGCAGUCAUCAUGCUCGCUCGACCUGCAUACCGACUUGGUGAAACAAUGUCGGCGGUGAUUGACUUCACCGACUCGCACAUACCGUGCUACUCCGUCCACGUCUCACUCGAGACAUCCGAGAAAGUCGACCCUGCCAUAGCCCUGCGGUCGAAUGCCUCUAUCUACCGCGUGACUAAGAAGGUAUACGCGUCGUUUUCAGAAAACGCGCUCUUCGCGCGAAGACUCACAUUUGCACCUACCAUACCCCCGAACGCGACGCCGGAGUUCAUCACCAGCGGAGUCAGCCUGGAGUGGAAGCUCAGAGUCGAAUUCAUCACACCCCGACUCAUGCACGAGCAAGGGGAAGAAGCCCAGUGGGACGAUCUACUAGAAGAGAUAUCAAGCGACGAUAGAGGGGUCAUGUUAGCAGCAGCGCAAAGACUGCCUGCGGAGAGUUUUGAAAUCCAGGUCCCGAUUAGGGUCUACGGCGCAGUUAGUGGAGCGCCAGAGGCCAUGGACGAAGAGGGUCUGCCGGUCUGA